UCCGGUCGUCGAUACCCGUCUGCUUCACUGCUCCCACGGGCCGGCUGGUUUGAGCCUCUUUUGAUAUCUCGCACCACCAUCACCAACAGCCAACGCCAUCGGCAAUCACCAAUCAUGGACAUUCACCGCCGCAUACAAUCACAGACUUCCUCAACUUCGACUGCAACUCCCUCCAAACAUGCUUUUGAAACGAGGGUGGCCGACGUCAAGUCGCCAAAGAGUGACAUCAAUGCUCUGAUCCUCGACUACCUGAUGAUGGAGGGAUAUCCCAAGGCCGCCGAGAAGUUCCAGAAAGAGGCAAACUUGAAGCCCAAGCAGGAAGACCCUACCAUCAAUGCUCGUCAGGAGAUCCAGCACGCCAUCCAUGUUGGAAACAUUCAGAAGGCCAUCUCUGACCUGAAUGAACUCGAUCCUGGUAUCCUGGACAGUGACCCUCACCUGCACUUCUCCCUGCUUCGGUUGCAGCUUAUUGAGCUCAUCCGCAACGCCAAAGGAUAUGAUCCCACAGCAGCAAUCAACUUUGCCCAGGAGAAGCUCGCUCCUCGCGCUGCCUCUAACGAGCAGUUCCUGAAGGAGCUCGAGAAGACGAUGGCCUUGCUCAUCUUCCCGCCUGACAAGCUCCAGCCCGACCUGGCCGCGCUCCUCCACUCUGACCUGCGCCGUAACACGGCAGCUCAAGUGAACGAGGUAGUCCUGCAACGACACACGGAGCGGCGUGAAGCUGCCAUCCGUCAACUUGUUCGCAUGCGUGCCUGGGCUGAGGCAUCUUGCCGGUCUAAGAAGCGAAACCUGCCUGACCGUAUCGAACUGGGUCUCAACAAUGGAGACGAUAAUGGGCAUGAACCCAUGGUUACGAGUUAGGAACCUGCGUCAGAGGCUUUCUCGGGCUGAGCGUUACGGAGAGCAGUAGCUGGCAAUGAUGGGGUUGCCUUUUUUCUUCUUUUUUUUUAUUGUUUUAUUUUUAUACCGGAGUGGUGGCGUUUAUCAUUAUGAUUGGAGGUUCAACGAUUUGAAGCAUGUUGCAGGCGUUGGGACAGGCGGUAGAACAUGACGCCUUGGGUUUCUAUUGGGGCAUAAAGUAUUGCCAGCGGUUGGUUCCUCGCGCUAUUAUUAUCCGAAGAGGGGUUUACAGCACUUUGUGCUCUAUUGACACAAAUACAAUCAUGUUUU